UUUACUGUUGGACAGCUGUUUUAUUAAUUAAGUAUUAAUGGCCUUUAACAUGUAGAUUCUAUUGGCUAUUAAUAACUAUUAUUGCAGUGUGAUUGAUUAUGGAAAUACAGAAUUUAAAUAUCCUCAAGAUUAUGAAUUGGUCAAUAUCUAUACCCAAUUAGUCAAUUUCAAGUUAAGUAAACAUUUAAUUUUCAUUCAACCAUGCAUGAAAGAGCAUUACUCCAGGGCCAAGGUGCAAAACAUAAUACCAACAGUCAUACACAGCACAAAGCACAUAUAGCACAGAUAAGAUAGCAAUCAUUUAUAAGAUAGCAAGCACAUAGGAGAUAGCAGUAAAAAUCUUUUCACACACAAAAUAUAUAUAUAGUCUAAGUCCCUGAGUCCAUGAAUGUUGCAGCAGUCUGCAGUUGAACUCAAUAUAGCUUGUCUUCUGCUGAGCGAAUACUUGGGGGGCAGCAUCAACUCCAGCUUGGAUGCUGUGCCACACCACCUCCAGCAAACGAUUCAGAUGCCUCUCUCCUGAGUGGUUGUAAACAGGCAACACUGCGGCUUUAGGCCUAGUCCUCAAUUUCUGCAUAAGGGUGGCAUUUCUUUGUUCAAAUUUCAGAACAGUAUGUGUUUGAAAGGAAAUAGGCCAUUCUCUUUGUAUGUAAACAAGCAAAUGAAGUGUGAUUGAGGAACGAGUGCAAGCUUGAAAAGCCCAGUUCUUUGGCGAUGACAAGAUGUUUAGAAAUCAAAUUACACCCAUCAAAUGGAACAAUGGAAAAUGCAUUAUCAUAUACAGUAUUUUUGAUAAGAAAAUAAAUCAGAUGUUACUUUAGACAUUGAUUAAUAAAGCUAUAAAGAUAAAUUAUUUACUAAUACAAGUUUAUAGUGGCAAACAUUUUUGAAAGGAUUACAAUUGUAUUAACUUACAUAGAUUGAUUUGCAACUCCAUGUAACAUUUUUGAAUAUACACUUAUGGAUGCUUCAUACAAAAGUACAGGUCAGAUCAGAUCCAAUUAAAAUGUAGUAUUUCUCCAUGUGUGCCAGUUUCAUGCUAUGAGGAGCUGAUCUUCAUGUCGACGAUGGGGCAGAAUGCAGCAUCAAUGCAUAUUUUGUUCUCUAUGGAAUUUGGAUUGGAUAAUGGCAAGGAAUGAAAUGUUUAGAAAUGGGUUAUGUAGUAACUGAAAGCAGCAACCGGAGAGAUAUUUUCUCCGAUGGACAAAAAGUAGUCAGUCAUUAAAAGAGGAAAUAAAAACUUAACAGAAAUAGUAACUGGUAAUUAAGAGUGCAAGAAAAGAAAUUGAUGGAAUAAAGUACAGACCGAUUAGAAUAAGAAAGAAAUGCCGAAGGGAAAUUGAUGGAGAAAGAUUUUCAGUAGAAAUACAAAUUAAUGUGGGAGACAGGUCUCAUUGAUUAGGAUAAGCUUGAAGGUUGAAUUAAUGGAAAUAAAAAUCCAGUGCCUUCAUUUUGAUCCCCAAAGCUGAUAUUAAGGUCAACCAACAUCAUUUUACUUAUAAAUUGUUGAAAACUGUUAAAAGCUUAAAACUCGAGUCAGUUUUUAAAGAGGAACAUAUGUUGCAAAUGCCAAAACGUCUUCCAUCUGUAAAGUUCCCUUUCAGCCGAUGAUGCUUGAUCCGCUGAGUGUAUCGAGCAUUUUCUGUUUUUACAGCAAAUGUUACUUCUUUCCACGAGUUACUCGGGUGAUUGCCGUGAUUACAGUACUCACGGUUCGGCUGGGUUUAUUUUCGGGUUGUCGAAGUGGGGAUCGUGACGCGCUUUUUUUUUGACUGCAGUGACUGCCGCGCGGCCCGGCGUCGCGCACGGGACUCCGCACUGCGGACUUGGCGCGUGUCCGUGCCACUGCGGCGAAGAGUCCGCGCCCCCGCGGGCGCUCGCGAGCGAGCGGUAGGGGCGCGCAUGGCAUCUGCCGUCUGGUGGGGGCGGAGGGGCGGGAGUGGGGCUGAUGCUGGGGAUGACGCGCAGAGGGUGAAGCAGCAGAUAGUCACCGGCUCCAAGACCAGCACCAUGUGGCUCAUAAUGGCCGCGCUGUCUGUUCUGCUGCUGUUCGCCUUUUUCGACUUGUGGUAUUUCAUACGCAUGUUGCUGGUAUUACUGGUCGCUUCUUUCGAAACCCCGGUCAAGGAUAUUCUGAGGGAGCAGACAGUCCGGGGCAUUGUGCUUUUCCAAGACAUCGACUUCCUGGGCCACAUGAAUAAUGCACGAUAUUUGCGGGAGUGUGAUUUUGCCAGGUUGUCCCUUUAUAUCCGCAAUGGUCUAUUACAUGCAACAAGGAAGUUAAAAGCCAAUAUGGUGGUCGGCGCUGCAACCAUACGGUAUAGACGAUCUCUGCAUUUGUUUGAGCAAUUCAGGAUUAGGUCUAGAAUCCUUUGCUGGGAUGAAAAGGCUUUUUAUAUCGAGCAGGAGUUCAUCUCCUGCAGGGAUGACUUUGUGUGUGCCACCAUGUUGUGUCGACAGAAUGUGUUGUACAGCACCCCUGAUAAGUUACUGCAGGUGCUAUGUAAGAGGAAGGUAGAAUGCCCAGAUUUUCCUGAAGAGGUACAGUUGUGGACCAAGUACAACCUGGCCAGCAGUGCAAGGCUGAGAGCAUAACCAUCUCAUCAGCAAGACCAAAGAGUCCUAGGCGAGGAACCAAUGAUGGUGGAGAUUUCUGUUGAUAAUAGCAGUCUUGUAUCACUUUAAUGUUGACAUUCUGCUGUAGGAUUUUUCUUUAUUUUAAGCUCCUGACCAAAUUAUUUAUUUCAAGUUUCAAGGGAAAGAUUAGAUUCACAUUUGUGAACUUUGUUAUAAAUCAGUGACACUGGCAGAUUCCUUAGAAGUUAUUUUUUUUAUAAUUUGUUUUUGUGACCUCUAUUGUUAAAUGUAUUAAUGUAUUUUGUUGUUUUGAAAUUCAUAUUUGUUUGGCAGAAAACAUGGUCAAUGCAUUAUUAAAAGAACUGUUAUCUAUCUCAUUUUCCCUAAAGUCCAAUUUAAUCGUUUUGUCUGAUGGCUGUCAUCCUUGCAGUGAUUUUUCACCAGAACAGUGACAUCAAACCACAUUAAAGGAAAAACAAUAUUCAAUUGUUAACCAUCUGAAUAAAACAGAGGUGCAGCAAGCUAUUAAAAAGGCAAACAGUGUAUUAGCUUGUAGCACAAGGUUUUGAGUACAAGUGGGAAGGACCCUAGUAAGACCUCACCUAAUGUGGGUGGAGGUGGACUCUACCCACCUCACAGAAAGGCCAGGACUUCUACUGGAUAAAGAGUAGUUCAAACACUAAGUUACAGCUUGGACAGAAUCCUGAUUACAAGAUGUUAGAGACGUGACAAAGAUAUGUAUAACUGACACCAACCUGGACCAGAUAGUGCACUAAUCAAUAGGCAAAGAUCCCAUGCAUAGCAUCAGUUAGAG